AUGAGUCCGCAUGUUUUAGAUCUUCCUAAGGGUUGUGAAAUCUCUAACGAUCUCACAGAUUUCGUUCACUAUAGAGUCGAGGAAUGUAUACAAGGCUACAUGAGCAAAGAAGAAACUGCGAGUUUUAUAUUCGAUACAUUUGGAGUCUCACUAAAGUUUACCAGAUUUGUUUGGUAUCUUCUUGAAAAAGCAAAUCCAGAUUUCUUCAGAUGUUUCAAAACACAUUGCGAGAAUAUUCAGAAUGCACCAAGUGAAGAAGUAACGUCUAAUGUAGAGAUUGAAAAUUCUUUUGAAGAUUUAGCAGAGGCAAGUACAAGCUUUACAAAACCAGAUAACAAACCUAGAGCAAAGCGUUCAAAGGGGAAAAAUAAACAGAAGCAACAUCCAAUUUCUCCUAUUCAUUCUUUGAUCGAGACUGCUCCAAAUGAUGCAUCAUCACAAGUGCCUCAAGAAGCAGCUACUGCUAAUUCUAGUGAUACCCCAAUUCCUGUGGAGAAGGUUUCAAGUAAAGCAAGGCGGUUCAGGGCUCGAAAGAAAGCGAAACAAGAAAAGUCACAACAAGCUCCAUGUUCUCCUUCAAGAGGGACUUCUGCGGAUGUUGAGAGGGCUGAGGUACCUAUUGCUGAUGCUGAGAUAAUUUUGAAGCAGAUUUCAACUAGAAUGCGACUGCUUGAGAGUAUCAUAGAACAAGUACACAAACUACUUAGUAAUGUACUUGGACCACCUCCUUCUGCUGCUAAAGCCCUCAAGAAACAGAGAUCAUGGAAACAAGUGAGAGGUGAUUAUGAACAAGCAGAGAUGCUUCAUGAUCUGAAUCAACAAGUCCAACAAGAAAUGCCGAGAAUGGACAUCCCGGGGAAUCAAGCUAGCGACAACUCCAACGAAGAAGAUACACUAUAUGAUUGAUAGAGAGCAUAUUCUUACAUUAGCAUGCUUAGUUUGUGAUUACCAGAAUAUAUUCCUAAGCUCUAUGAGACUUUAUAUUGUUGGUUACGUUACCAUGUACCAAUUACAAAAGAGAAGAAACCAGUAUAUAUAUUCUAUCAAAUCUCA